AUUGAUGACAAAAAUAUAACCUCUUUAAAGUGCGCAUACGAAAAAGUUUUUAUUUUAUGGAAAGUUUAACUCAAUUCUUUGUGAGAAGUUAAAAAUUGUUGCAGAAAACAUAAUUUGUAUGUUUUAAAUUAUUUUAUGUAAAGAUAAAAUGGCUGAUGCAUUAAAAUUGCAACUGCAAUUUGGUGGUGGUGCAGAAUUGCUAUUUGAUAAAAUAAAAAAGCGGGAAAUUGAGUUACCACAGUUAAAUAUUUAUUUACCAGAUUCUACAGAUAAUAAAUGGACAAUAAGACAUUUAUUAGUUUGGAUUAAGGAUAACCUUUUAAGAGAAAGACCAGAGUUGUUUUUACAGGGUGAUUCUGUGCGGCCAGGAAUACUGGUAUUAGUAAAUGAUGCAGAUUGGGAACUUUUUGGUGAAUUAGAUUAUGAAUUAAAAAAUAAUGAUAUCAUAAUGUUUAUAUCCACAUUACAUGGAGGGUAAUUAAAUGUUUAAUUAUUUCUAAUUCCUUUUUUUCACAAAGAAAGAAGGGAAUAUUUAUGUAGAAAUGCACCUUAACAGUAAUGGGGGUAAUUGACUGUGGCUUUGAUUUAGUACAAGCUCAAACACCCACAAUAGGCAUAUCCUAGCCAAAGUAAAAAAAAAUCUGAUGUUUUUCAUUUUAAAGAAAAUUUCUAAUUA